AUGGAGAGAAUACUAACUUCCAUCAUCGUUACAGCAGCAUUAGGUUUUGGUAUUUGCUACGGAGGUACAUGCCGUUACACGACUAGGGAGAGCUAUUCUGCAAGAACAUGUAAUGCACAUUGGGGAUGGUGUUGGCACCACAGAUCGGUGACCAGAUAUAGACAAAUCUAUAAGUACCGCUGUUGUAUUGGGUACACUGGAUCCGGUUGUAAUACACCCAUCUGCUCACCUCCAUGUGCAAACCAAGGACGAUGUGUGUCUCCCAACCGAUGUCAAUGUCUUCAUGGUACUAUCGGAAAUACCUGUUCACAAAUGCAAGUGUCACCUACAAUGUUAAGAUGUAGUGCAUUUCUUCUUAUGAAGGAAAGGUCUUCCGGAAAGGAAAUGUACCGUUUCAUGACCGACUCUUCGUCCCCAGAUAACGAUAAGAUAGAUAUGAUCUGGGUAAAUCAGAAUGACUACAACAUCAUCAAUAUCUACUUCGAAGCUGACUUCUCGCCAUAUAUACAUAACUUGCCAGAUGACCGUUAUAUCCGGGACUAUGCAUUUGGUAUUGUGGAUGGUCAAUUUGUUGUAUACAGAACCCCACCAAAAAACUACCGUUGUGAAGGCUUUCCAAAUACCUCGAAUAUAAGACACAGGUUGGAAUGCAACAUCACGGAUACAAAUUUCGACUGGUUAUUGGAGCAUGGCGAUAACUUGACUGUCACAGUAACCGCAAAGAAUGGCGGAUACAGGCAUAUAUUGAAUGAAAACACUCAUCGUCUCGAUAGGAAAGAGGAAUUCGUUGGUAGGAUAUCCACGAAACAGAUGCAGUACAUGUUCGACUUUCAUUCCCCAAGGCAUUGUAGCGAGAACAACAGCUGUUUUCAAAAUGAACCUCCGCUUCACCUCUCAAAUGACAUAAGUAAGAUGCCAGUCACAAUAACUUGGGGUGGUUGGAUUGACGAUCUUUCCGGUGUAAACAUGUAUACAGUAUACGUGUACAGACUUGAGCCAGAUAGCAGAACUGGGGAGCUAACCGAAUAUAACACAAAUGUUUCCUUGUUCACGAAACACGUGAACGUAAGCGAACCAUUCCCUAUUUACACGCCUGAUAUAAUUGGUAUGUAUACGAUUCUACUGGAGGUUGCGGAUAAGGCCAGUAAUAAUUUGUAUGCCAGACGACUAUUCCUGUACGACAACUCUUCCACGAUUUCUAUAAACGAUAAUAAUAUGAACAUAUACGGGUCCGUUGGAGACAAACACAUAUGGAUAUCAACAUUGCAAAAUGAAAGUACUCUAGGUGCGCCAAUUCAUGUAAGUUGGGCUAACCAUUUUAUUAACCAUGAGCAUGUGAACCUGAAACUUCUUACACGAGUUUCUCCUUUUAAGUCGGAUAUAUUUAAUGGAGUUCUAAAUCGGUACGUAAAACCAGGUCUUGAUGACAAUGAAGGUCCCCGCAUGAUGCAGCCAAUCAGCAACAUACACGGAAUCGUGCGUGUAGAAACGGCUUUCAAGCGUGACAAACAUGGAGGAACGACCAUAACUCAAACUCCUACGCAUGGCUGGAAAACCGUAUCUGGAUAUCUCAACGAGGCCGCAUCUAUCAACGUCCCCCGACAGGACGGCGAUUCAAUACGUAUAUGGGUGCGGGUUUUUGAUGUUGUAAACAACAGUGCCACCGACUCUAUACUCUUGAAUGCCGACUCGUCACCACCUGUUAUCGAACAGCCCAUAUUCCACAAAAACCUACGUAAUUCAUCAUUCCCAUUCGCUAGUAGAGUUUCGAUUCUGGCGUCUGACAAACACAGCGGAAUACUGUUAAUCAAAUGGAAAUUAACUGCUAAUGAUUCAGAAAAAGUGUUUCACUCCGGAAUUGAGAACGGAAAUAUAACUGAAAGAAAACCAAGUCUUCAGGAAGGCGCGUGUACGUCCGAUGGGGAAUGCUACUACUUUUAUAAUGAAUUUGAGGUCAACAACUGCUGGUUUAAGGUGUCUAAGGACGACCUUCCAGCACAAGUAACAAACAUCGACAUCGAAGUUUUUAAUUCUGCGAUGUUAAGUUCAUUUGGACGAUUUCAGGUUGACGAUUUAACUUCCUUGAAUGGGAUGGAGGAAUAUUCUGGACCAAUGCAUCUUGAGGUAACUGGUACAACGUCAUACGGUGCAAACUUUCAGUGGCACCAGGGACCGAGUUGUUACGAACGAACCGACAUUCUUUUAAUGUACAACGUUUCUGGACGGACAAAAUCAAUGCAUAUUCACAAAGACUCGAAGUAUUACACACUUGGGGACCUAGACCCGGAGACUACAUAUACUGCGCAGUUUGUCGUAGUGUAUGGAGACGAGCGAAGUGAUCCCAUAAAAAUUACAUUCACGACAGGAAAGUAUGAAGGUCUGUCAGCUGGCGUUAUAGCAGGGAUCUCUAUAGUUAUAUUGGUCCUUGUUGGGUUACUUAUUGCCGGGAUAGUGCUCUGGAGGACAGGAAGACUCAACCGCUACAAAGAGUCCAUAUAUGGUCAUAUACAGCGACGUACAACCAGACGUCGGCGAUCAAACGCCUACUCAGAUUCUAAAAAUGUCAAUAGACAAAACGAUCGAAAGUCUUUUGCGAACUUGGCCUAUUCGGAUGUUGGCGAUGAUGAAAUAUAUAUGUACGGCCAAAUGGUUUUUAAUGAGCAGCAGUCAUGGGAGGUACAACACGAUCAAGUGUCCUUAGUAGAGAAAUUGACUACGGGAAGGUUUGCCGACAUCUUUAAAGCUUCACAAAACUGCAAAAAGAACAACAGAAAGAUCGUAGUAGCUAAGGUGCUAAAAGAAUCACAUACCGAAAUAGAUGAAUUGGUAAUGAACGCCAAGAUCAACUUUUUUGCGACAAAGGUCGGUUCCCAUGCCAACGUGAUACAGUUCGUCGGAGCAGUGCUUGACAACAAGCCAUUGGGCCAAUUCAUGUUGCUGGAGUUGUGUGAGACAGGCGUGAUGAGGACGUGGCUCCAGAAUCAGAAAAAAAAUGUAACAGACACUGUAGUGGAUGCCUUGUUUCGUAUGACGUUUGACAUAGCUAAGGGAAUGGAUUACCUUGCCUCCAAACACAUUAUCCACCGUCACUUGGCUGCCAGAAACAUUCUCCUCACGUCAUCACUGGAGGCCAAGGUCGCAGGAUUUGGACCCACAAGGGAAACCGAGCAACAAGAUGGUGAUGCAGGAAAGGAAAAGGUUCCAAUCAAAUGGAUGGCUCCAGAAUGCAUGACGUCAUUGAAAGAGGCAACCUUGCAGAGUGAUGUGUGGGCCUAUGGCAUUGUCAUAUGGGAAAUAUUCAGUCUGGGUGAUACACCUUACCCAGGGUUACGUAGUAUGGACGUUGCCACCAAAGUAACCAAUGGCUACCGUAUGAGUCGUCCGGAGUAUUGCGCAGAUAUGCAUUACGAGUUAAUGAAGAAUUGCUGGAACGAUAAAAAGUCAGCCCGACCGAAAUUCUCAGCCAUUGUUCAAGAGAUCAGCAGUACCUUCAGUUCAAGCCAGGACGACUACUAUUACUACACAACUUAGUGAAAACACAAAAAGAUUUUGAUCCACCCCUGAAAUUACAAUCACCACAGGCUUUAGCUAGAGCUGUUGUUGUUAGACCUGUGUUGCACCAAUCAACGUCACUAUCUAAUUAAGUCAUUUUCUCUACCUGAUAUCAGCAUAUAUUAUUGUGUUGAUAAUUUUUGUCAAUGUAUCGUAAAUAAUCAACUAAAGCCAAAAUCGUAUAUUGUAUAAUCUCAUUUAUCAUUAAAUAAAUGUUACAUUUACAAUGUUCUUAUGACCAUGUAGUUAAAGGAGGAAGCUUUUACUGCAGAAUAUGCAAAUUAAUUGUAAAUCAUUCCUGUAGUAGUUAAACAAUAUAAUGAGUGUUCGUGAUGCAGCGAGCUAUGACUUUGUCGAGGAUGUGAAACAAUAGACACAAAACGAAUUGUGAGAACAUAAAAAAAUAUUAAUUCCAAUGGUGGUAAAUCUCAACUAUGAUUUACAUACUGCAUUAAGUGUGAUUUGAUGUUUUUGUUAUCAGUGUUUCAAUACACCUUUUGUAUAAUGAAACAUAAUUAUUAACAUGAUAAUGAUUUUCUUGUACAUGUAUGCAAUGGUAUACAACCAUUUUAAUUUGUAACAGAAAUGUGUAUUGAAAUUUAAGAUAUAAAUUGUCAUUUUUUAUCUAUGUAUACACGUUUAUGCCGUAUUUGUGUCGGAAUAUGUACUGAUAACGAUAUUUAUCAUUUACUCGAAUGCCGACAUAUGGUCGAUCAUGGAAACGAAUGAGAUUCUUUUCUAAUAAAAAUCAUCCGAAAUCAGAACCUGAUCUAAUACUUGAUUACGAUUUUUUUUUAUCUCUGUCCAAAAAAAGAGAUUAUUUAAGAAAUUUUCUUAUUUCAGUCUACCAGCAAAAAACUUCAUCAUCGAAUUUCGUUGUAUCGUUACAACAGGUCUUGGUUAUAUCAUUAUAACAGGAUUUGGUUGUAUUAUUACAUUAAAAUGUCGUCUUAUCUUUUAACCAGUAAAUGGUUAUAUCAUUA